AUGGAGUUACCAAGUUCGAGCUCAGAGCACAAGAAGCAGCAGCUGGAGAUCUUCCGCAAGUAUGCUCGUUACGAUGAGGAAAAGCACCAGUUGGUUCUGGAGUACGACUCUUUCAUAAAGCUGCUGUCGAGCUCUACAAAGCUGUAUUCGAAAUUUACAGACCAUGAGCAUAACUAUAACAGGGUAUCACCAGAGACGUUUGGAGUGAUCUUUUUAGCCGUGGAUGAGAACAAUAAAGGUUAUCUCAGCGUUAGUGAUUGGUUCUAUUUCAACAACUUGCUGAAGAACAAGAACUACCAGUAUGCGGUCCUCUACGAAUUUUUGCGUAAAUUUGACUCUCACAACAAUGGUAAGGCUAUAAACUUCAACGAUAAGUUUGUCAGCUUUGACGAUUUGGUUCUCUCUCUCCCAGAUUUGCAGGGUACCAUUGCUAAAGUACAGGAUUACACGGAUAAUGCGUUCUUCAAGAAGAAUGGGUUGAAUUUGAACUGGGGUGAUCUUUCUUGGCUAAAAUUUUAUGCACAAGGUCCUCCAAGAACCCAAAAGAACCUUCCAACUGAUGAACAGUACAUCAGUCUGAACUCUAUAGCGUCAAUUCUUCAAACUGAUUUACCGAAUGAGAGAAUUCAGAAUGGGUUCUCACAUUUGUCCACGGAAAACCCACUAACUGGAAAACUCGAGUUGUCAAAGAACCAACUCGUUUACCUCUUGAAAAAUACUUAUAGCCAUAAGAUUUCAAACCAAGUGUUUGAUUCGUUGAAUUUAACGAAUGCAAAAUUGAUCAAGUCGACCAACAACUCUAUCAGCUAUACCGUCUUGAAAGAUUUGCAAUAUUUAUUUGAACAUUUUGAUCUGAUCAAUCAAAUUCUCUUAAAGUUUUACCAUGUCUCCAAGGAGAGUUCACCAGGUGCUAACUUGGUGAUUACCAAGGAAGAUUUUGUGAACUUCAUUGAUUAUGAAUAUCACAAGGUUAAUAAUAUUACAUCAUUCUCACCUUCACAGAUCAAUCUCUUGUUUUCCAUCGUGGCAAACUACAAGACAAAUACGUUAGAGACACAGAAGAAGGUUCAACAGUUGAUGGAUGAAGGAAUGACUCAAAAACAAGCCGUCGAUACCUGCAAACGUGAAGAACAGUACGACAACUUUAUGAGACAUUACGAUGAACUUGCUGGCGACGAUUCCACGACGUAUCUCUUGGAGAAGAACGAAGUGUCUAAGACUUUGAACAUCCAAGAUUUUCUCAGAAUCACAAAUCCUAAUUACUUGAACGAUAUUAUCCACGAAGCUGAGGUUACCAGAUUACCGCAGGUGAACUCGAACUGGUAUUUUUAUCCAGUGUUUGAUUCCAUUUACAACUUUACUCUUGGUUCUGUUGCCGGUGCGAUUGGUGCCACUAUUGUCUACCCCAUCGAUCUAGUGAAAACCCGUAUGCAAGCCCAAAGAGUUCUGAUUUACAAGAACUCCUUGGACUGUGCUGUAAAGGUUUUGAGAAGCGAAGGACUCCGUGGUUUGUACUCCGGUCUUGGUCCUCAAUUGAUCGGUGUUGCACCGGAGAAGGCUAUCAAGCUGACCGUUAAUGACUUGGCACGGUCUUAUUUUACAAAUAAAAUCAGUAAAAAGAUCACUUGGUACUACGAGGUUGUUUCUGGUGCAUGUGCAGGUGCUUGUCAAGUUAUCUUCACAAAUCCGUUGGAGAUUGUGAAAAUUCGUCUCCAAGUCCAAGGUAAUUAUGAUGUUUCUGAGAGAAUGAGUGCUAUGGGUAUCAUCCGGAAAUUGGGUAUUACAGGGUUAUACAAAGGUGUUGGGGCCUGUUUAUUGCGUGAUGUCCCUUUCAGUGCUAUUUACUUUCCAACUUAUGCACACAUAAAGAAGGAUAUCUUCAACUAUGACCCGUCAGACAAAAAACGCAGACAUAAGCUCAAGACAUGGGAAUUGUUGGUUAGUGGUGGUUUGGCCGGUAUGCCUGCUGCAUUCCUUACAACUCCUUGUGAUGUUAUCAAAACCCGAUUACAGAUUGACCCAAAGAAGGGUGAAACUCACUACAAUGGUAUUUUCCAUGCUUUCAAGACCAUUUUGAGAGAGGAGAGUGCAAGAUCGUUCUUCAAGGGUGGUGGUGCAAGAGUUCUCAGAUCCUCUCCACAGUUCGGUUUCACUUUGGCAGCUUACGAAAUCUUCCAAACUUUGUUCCCACUUCACGGUGAUGGUUUGAAUAACAUUGAAAAAACCCCCAAAUCACCUGCAACACUAGCGACUCAAACCUUAGGAGGGCAAUCUCCAGUACCAAGUGGUCAAACUGUUGUUCCAACAGGUCCACCUGCAGAUACCAAAUCUAGCAAGAUCUUGAAUGAUAGCAUGAAGAACAGAUUUUUCUUGAACUACUACUUCAAAAGUUGUGAAAUCUCAAAGACAUUCAUAGAUUUGGAUCCUAACUUUAAGGACUUCAACGCUGAUGUCUAUCAAAAGUUUUACAAGGACUUGAAAUCACCUAAAAAUUGA